CGGCCCUGCCCUGUCCCGCCGUGUCCCUGCCCGUCCCUUCCCGGGGGUGGGUGCUCCCGGUUGGGCGGCGCGGGGACACCCGAGCGCCUGCAGUUCAGCCUGCAGUUAACAGGUGGCCGAGGCUGCUCGGAACAGAGACCAGGCGGCUCCCGCAAGCAUUAAGAUCCGAAGCGCUCCGCCAAUUUUUCUUUUAUUUUAAAUAAUAAUAAUAAUAAUAAUAAAUGCAUGAAGUGGCAUUGUUAUUUGGGUGACGUGGGGAAUGCCAGCUGUAGAAAAGCUUGUGUCUCCUUUCUGAAUUUGUAACGGAGCGAUUCCUUCUGCAUUCAAAAGCAAAACAGCUAAAAAGCACUGACUGCUGAGCAUUUGAAUGAACUUAACAAUUGAAUCAAAAAUGUUUCAAAAAAAAAAUGUGCGGGGAAAAAAAGAAAGCCACAAGUUUGUUGUGUGUUUGUUGUCGGGUUUUUUUGCCUUUUUUUCUCCCCGCCAGGUAACAUCUCUCUUCCUUUGUGCUUUCAGACUGAAGGGAUGAACAUCUCCUCCAUGCAGCCUUAGAUUACUUCUCCUGUUCUGUCUUGCCUUCUUCCCUUUCUCCAUGUGCUCUUUCUAGUCUCCUGUUGACUCAUACUUUCCCCCUGCCCCCUCCCUCCCUUCCUUCUCCCUUAACAGUCUCUAGUUUAUACAGUUGUCAUCUCAGUGGUCUCUUCCUCUGGCCUCAGCCUCUGUUGACAGUGACUGGUGUGUUAGUUCAGGUCCCUCUCCUGAGCUGUCUGCCAUUCUUUUUUUUUUGCUGGAAAUGAUCACCUCAAUGAUAAGCUUGCAAAACUUCUCUCUGAGCAGUCACUGUUCCCUGACAUUUGCCUUUUCAUCCUGUCGUACAGCCUUGUUUGGCACAUAAAGCUGGACAGUGACUGGAGGCAUAGACACAGCACUGGUUUGGCAUUUCUCCUGUGACACACAUAGCUCAUAGAGAGAUGGGACAGCAGUGGCAGUGCUGCCUCAAACUGCCUCAGCAGGGCUGGUUGGACCUUGUUGGAGAGAGCACUGAGGUGCUUCUAUUUCCAGGUGUGUUUCCCAGCCCACUGCUCUGUCUUGGAGCGUCUCCCUAUUUUGGUUUGUUCCUCUCAUUUGAGCUUCCCGGAGGCUGUGUACACAGGGGUGCAGAUGUAUGUAAUCGCUGUGGAAACAAACAGAUGUUUUGGUUUCUACUUAGAGAUAAUCAGUGCUGGAGGGAAGACUUAGAUUUGAAGACGGGGAAAAAAAAUCCCUCAGUUCUUGUUUGAAACAAUCCCAGACUAGUUUGACUCUGAAUGAACAGCUCCAUUUCAGUGGGAUUGGGUAUUCCCCUGAAAAGACCACAAAUUUGAGCUCAAACCCUGCCCAUCUAGGAUAUUGAGAAUUAGAAAGAAGCAAGAACCGUUAGGUCAGCUUCCGUGGUAGUUGUUGCUGCUUACAAGGACAGUUUCAGACAUACACAAAACCAGAUAUGCCUUUGUGGCCCCAGUGGUGGUAUAAGCCAUGAAGUUGUGUUGCAGAUGUGGUGUGCGUUCAGUUUUGCUUUUACAGUGACUCAUUUUGAAAGUGGCAUAUUGAGCCCGUUUAUCAGCAUAGAGAAAUUUAGGUUGGAAGGGACCCCUGGUGGUCAUCUGGUCCAACCUCCUACUCAAAGCAUGUUCAACUAGAUCAGGUCUGUAUUUGCUGAGGUGCAAGAUGUCUGCCCUGAGGCUGAUCUCUAACAGAACCUCCCACCAGGCCUUAUCUAACUCGGAUUACACCUGGGACUAUGAGUACUAUGAGUAUGGACCAGUGUCAUUUGAAGGGCUGAAGGCUCAUAAGUAUUCCAUUGUGAUUGGAUUUUGGGUUGGUCUUGCAGUUUUUGUCAUCUUCAUGUUUUUUGUCCUGACCCUGCUGACGAAGACAGGAGCACCACAUCAAGACAAUGCAGAACCUUCUGAAAAAAGAUUCCGUAUGAACAGCUUUGUGGCGGAUUUUGGGAGACCUUUGGAGUCUGAGAGAGAUUUUUCUCAUCAAAUGGCUGAAGAAUCCCAGUCACUUUUCCAUUUCCAUAUUAAUGAAGUGGACCAUAUGAACAAAGCAAAAGACAGUCAGAAAGGUCCAAGUCCGGAGAGUAAUACCCACUUCCAGGAGGUUCCCAGAAGCUGUGGAGUGUUUGAGGAAGACCUACAUUGUCUUACAAAAUUUAACAUUCCGAACUUUGUGAACACUGAGCAGAACCCUUCAUUAGGUGAGGAGGAUCUCCUCAUUUCAGAGCCACCAAUCAUUUUAGAAAGCAAAUUGGUUAUGCAAUCUUCCCAUCGGAUCCUUGACUGAAAAAGUCUUUAAGGUAAACAUUCCUGUUAUUGUCCAGCUUGAAGCCUUUCUUGGCCUCCCACUCUUUUGACAGAAGGUAUUUCAGACGUGUGCUUUUUACUGGAUGUAAGACUGGCUGUACUGAUAGAACUCAGUUUAGACAAGAAGUAAGACACUGAAUGCUUUAUUAUGAUGCCUUCUGUGGUCUAAAACUUUUGCCCAGCAUUAUUUGAUUUUUUUUUUUUGUUUGUUUCUUGUUUUGUUCUUCAUUUUUAAAUGACUGCUUAUGACCAGCUUCUGAAGGAUAGUAAUUUACAAGGACUGUGAAGGCUGGAGCCUGGCAUUGGGAGGUGUAUGAAAAUUCCUUGGCCAAGAAAAGUGUAAAUCUCAAAGAAGACUGAAGAAAGGAAUAAACAGCCCCUGGGGAAGUUCUGUAGUUUCUGCUACUCCCGAUCAGGAUGCCUGAAGCUGAGCAGCACAAUAAAUAUCUGCUUGGGAUUAACUUCAAUUUCUGAUUCCUAACUGCUUUUCUGUGCAGGUUAAACCCAAUUUACAAAGCUUCCAGAGGGAAUACCUUGCAAAUUAAAUUGUUUGGUUGCAGUGUUUACAAAAUGCUAUCACCACCUGCUGCUGAGUAAAGGCAAAUGGGUGCCUGUAAUUAUACUCCAGAGUGACACCGCAGCAGCUGCCCCAUGAUGACAUGGAAUUAGUCAUCUACACACAGCACAAGCUGUGAUUUGACUCUUUUUUUUUUUUUUUCCCCUGUUAAUUGCUGAUGUGAAUUUCCAAUUUAGUAAGUACAGGAUUCAGUAGCUAAAUCACAGGAUAUAAGAAAAAACCUAUUUUUCUUUUUCCAAUAAAGUUACUACAUGCAAAUGGUGGUGGUAUGUUAAGCUGGUGUUAUGUGUUGCCUAUAGGUUGAACCUUCCUGUGCUUUUUGGCUUUAUACAUGGCCAUUUCUUUACUCAUUGGCCAGUGAAGUGCUAGCAGGCUUUGAGUUGUUGAGAGGACCAACUCCAAAAAUGUAGCUAAGCUGUGCUUGCUCCAUCUUCUUUUUGUACUCAGCUGGGAUAGAGUCGCAACCUCAGCUGUUCUCCCAGUGAAAGGUUUGGUAAGGAUUUGAAUAGGUGUAGUUUCAACCUUUAUUUUUUAGAGGUGGAAUAAAGUUCUGAACCUUUGAGAGUACUUAAAAUUGUAUUUCAGCUUUCUUCAAAAGAUGGUAAUUAGUGACUGAAUGGUUUUAGAGCAAGCAUAUAGGAUGCAGACGUACCAGGUUCAAACCCUUUGCUAGAUUUUGAGUAUGCUCUGCAGGAAGUUCUUAACUGAAAUUAAAAGAGUGGAUUCUAGA